AGUGAUCAGUGGUUUGCCCGCGGCAACACCGGCACCCCCCCCCGCUGGUCCUCCCUCUCCCCUCGCCCCACUCCUCAAGAGGUUCGUACCUCCCCUCUUUUCCAGCCCGUCUCCUCCCCCUUGGCCCACCAGGCCGUCUCUCAGCAACAGCAGCAGCAGCAGACUCCGCAGCAGAUCCUGCCGCAGCCGUUUCAGCAGCAACAGCAGCAGUUCCAGCAGCAGCAGCAGCAGGGGCAGCAGCACCUCUUCUCCCAGUUGCAGCAGCAGCUUCAGCAGCUCCAGCAGCAGCUUGACCUCCAGUCGCAGCUCCCCCUUGCACCUCCUCCUAUGGCUCCCCCCCAGCAGCCCUACCCCGCUUGGACCGCCGGCAUCGCCGCUUCCGCAGCUCACCUCUCGGGCGCGUCUCCCGCGCCCUCAGCCUCAGGCACCCCCACCUCCCUCCUUGGUGCCGAUUCUAGCUUCUCUAUUCCCUGUCGCCACACCUCUACCCUCCCCUCUCCCCUCUUCCCCUCAGGUACCGUUACUGGUUUACACAUCCCCUCCCUCCGUACUAACCUCCUCUCCCAGCGAUCCCUGCAGCAGGCCGGUAUCACCACCGUCUUCCCAGGUCGCACUAAUCACUGCCUCCUAUAUCAUCCCACAGGUCGCCUCCUCUCUCGUAUUCCCUUUUGUCUCCUUCGAGGUUUUCCCCUCACCCUCCCUCCCCUCCCUCCCUCCCUUGCCCCUCCCUGCUCCGUCUGUGUCCAGAGCAAGCUCAAGCAGCUGCCGCAUCGGAGUUCCCCCUCCGCUGCUGCUCAGCCGCUUGAUCUUGUUCACAUGGACCUUUGGGGCCCCAACCCCUCCCCUUCCCGCCAAGGCCAUCGCUACAUGCUUGUUCUGGUCGAUGAUCACAGCCGAUAUUCGUCCGUCUCCCUUCUUCGCUCGAAAGGUGACGCUCCGGCUGCGAUCAUCGCCUGGCUCAAGCAGGCGAGCACCCACUUUGGCCGCCCUGUGCGCCGCCUUCACUCUGAUGGCGGUGGCGAAUUCCUUAAUCGUCAGGUAGCCUCCUACUGUGAGCUUCAUGGCAUUCGCCAGACUCACACCCUCCCCCACUCCCCCCAGCAGAAUGGUGUGGCCGAGAGCCGUGUUCGGGAGAUCACCAAGAUUGCUCGGUGUCUCCUCGUCCAUGCCUCUUGCCCCCCUUCUCUGUGGGGCUAUGCCCUCCUUCACGUCACCCUCCUUACUAACCUGUACCCCCACCCUAUCCUUCCCUCCACCACUCCCACCGAGCUUUGGACGUCGGCCAAGCCUGACGUCUCCUCCCUCCGUGUGUGGGGCUCCAGGGCGUAUGUCCUCAUUCACCCUGCGGACCGCCCCCGCACCAUGGGAAAGCUCGCCUCCCGUACCCUCCCCUGCAUCUUCCUUGGUCAUAAUCCCUCCUCCCCGGACUACCUCUUCCUUCACCCCCCCUCAGGUCGUUUCCUCCCCAGUCGGGAUGUAAUAUUUGAUGAGUCCACACCCUACUAUUCCACUCCUCCUCCCACUGACCCUCUCGCCCCUGCUCCCAAGCCCCUCAACUGGUCCGACACUAUCCCACCCCCUCUUCUCCCUCCCCCUCCCAUCCUCCCCCCCGCUCCACCUCCUCCAUUCCCCGCCGCCUCGAUCCCUAGCGCUCCCCCCUCCUCUAGUGACAUAUUUGACCCUGACCCUUUUUCCCCCCCCCGCCUCCCCGUCCCACUCCUCCCCCUCCGCUCCCUCCCAUCCUCCCCCCUCCCCUCCUCCCCCCUCUCCCCCGCGACCCCUCCCCCCCUGCGUCCCACCCGCUCUAUCCUCACCCGGUAUCCCCACACCAGGUCGCGUGACGCAGUCCUAAGUGCUCCGCCUCCUGUUAUCCUCUCUUCCUCUACCUUGCCUCCUCUCUCCCCUCUCAUGGAUCUCCUUUUUCAGACAGUCUUACAACAAAACACUAGCCCAACCCUGCCGUCGAGCUCCAGUACAACAGUCCCAACAGCAGCAGCAACAGCUGCAGCAGCAGUUCCACCCACAGCAGCAGCACCAGCAGCAGCAGCCGUCGCUCCUUCCUCGCCCUCACCCGCAGCAGCAGCAAAUGCAGCAGUAGCAGCCGCCUCAGCAGCAGCAGAUGCAUCCUCAGCAGCAGCAACAGCAGCAGCUGCAGUCCUCCCAUUCAUUUUCCACUCCUCCCUCCUCGAGGACUCCCAUGAGGAGUUCCUCAACCUCCACCUGCAUGAUCCUGCCCUCCUACCCAUCUCCCCAGACCUCAGCGGCACACGAGUCUUCGCCUUCUCCUCCGCCCCCAUCAUCUUUGUCCCCGCCACGUACGAGGAGGCCAUGGCGUGCCCUGACGCUCACCUCUGGCUCGCAGCCAUCCUCAAGGAGUUGGAGACGUUUAUUGCCAACUCCUCCUUUGUGGAUGUGCCCCGCCUUCCCUCUACCACGAACGUGGUCAAAGGGAAGUGGGUGUUUCGAGUGAAGCAGCUUCCUGGCGAGCCGCCGGUCUACAAGGCCCGCUACGUCGCCAAGGGCUUCACCCAGCGCUACGCUGUCGAUUUCUUCGACACCUUCUCUCCCACCGCCAAGCCCGCUACCAUUCGCGCAGUCCUCGACCUCGCCGCUCGCCUCAACAUGGAGAUUCACUCCAUGGACGUCUCCAACGCAUUCCUCCAAGGGGUCUUGCGCGAGCUCAUUUACAUGGAGCGUCUUGCAGGUUUCCACCUCCCCUUUCCUUCCGACUCUGUCUGGCAGUUGCGUCGGCCGGUCUAUGGGCUCAAGCAGGCACCAAGGGAGUGGCAUGCCAAGCUUGCUGCCACCCUCGCCAAGCUUGGCUUCAGCACCUCCCGCGCCGACCCCAGCCUCUUCCUCCGCACCUCCCCCUCCCCCUUCUACAUCCUCGUCUAUGUCGACGAUAUGAUCCUCAUCACUGCCGACUCCGCCGAGCUCGAGCGCGUCAAGCGUGAGCUUGGCAGCCGGCUCAAGUGUAAGGAUCUAGGGGAGCUGCAGCACUAUCUCGGCAUGGAGAUUACCCGCGACCGUGCUGCUCGCACCAUCUCUCUCUCCCAGAGCCGCUACCUGCAGCAGGUCCUGGAGCGGUUCGACAUGGCUCGAGGCACCCCUCAGGUCACCCCUCUUCGUGUUGGGCACCACCUCACUCCCCUCACCUCCCCCUCCUCCUCCUCCCACCCCUACGCUGAGCUCAUCGGCUCUCUCAUGUAUGCCAUGGUCUCCACCCGCCCCGACCUGGCAUACCCCAUCAGUGUUUUGGCCCGCUUCGUUGGUACCGGCAAGCAUGAUGCUGCCCACUGGCAAGCGGCCAAGCGUGUCCUCCGCUACCUUCGGGGGACCAAGGACUACGUCCUUACCCUUGGCGGCCCCUCCCCUCCCCUCCUCACUGGCUACUCUGAUUCUUCCUGGGCUGACUCUAGGCCUGACCGCCGCUCCUCUCAGGGCUAUGGCUUCUCUCUUGGCAGCGGCCUCAUCAGCUGGCGCUCCACCCGCUCCUCCUCCAUUGCCCUCUCCUUCUGCGAAGCAGAGCUGUAUGCCGCUACCAUGGCUGCGCAGGAGGCCCGCUGGCUCACCUUCCUUCUUGAGGAGCUUGGUGCCCCUCAGCGCUGUCCCACCAUCUGGUGCGACAACGCCAGCACCAUCCACCUCACGAAGGAUGCUGUGUUCCACGGGCGCUCCAAGCACAUUGAGCUUCGCCACUACUUCAUUCGCGAGCUCGUGCAGGGUGGCCACCUCCAACUGGGCAAAAUUGACUCUGCUGCCAAUCUUGCUGACAUCUUCACCAAAGCCCUCCCCCACGCCGCCCACUCAUCCCUCCUUCGCCUUCUUGGCCUCGCUCCCCCUGUUCCCUCGUCCGCCUCCUGAUUCAGGACAUCUAGUCUUAUGCAUGUUGGGGGGUUGUGUUGUAAAAUAUAUAUCUAUACAACAU